AUGUCCAUUGUUACUGUUGGGACCAGUGGCAGGGGUCCCCUCGGUACCUCGGCAAUUGCAGGUCGCAAUGGCAAGGGAAAUCUGGCCAGUCAUGAGUACGGGUGUAGGAACCUUAUGCGCCUUGUGAAGGUCGCAGCAUUGGGUUACAUGGGUGCAGACAACGCUCUACUGUCGACCGCUUCGAAUCCAUUCGUUAUGUCUACACUCCAAGACCACAAGACAAGGACGACCAACGCUGUUGGUAUGCUUUCCAAGACUCUUUCUGUACUUGAUUCCAGCUACCUUACGCCGAUCGAUACGACGACGACACCCGAAGUUCAACUUCGAGAGAUUUCGCGCCGUAAACACGACAUCACAGCGGCAAAAGCAGCCUUGGAGAGAGCACUCGGAACAGCACGAACGCGUUAUCAAGCCUUGUUGCUCUUCGUGCAGACACAACCGGAUCAUACGGAAAUCAGCUGUGACGCCGACCAAUUCUGGACAGAAUUACAAGGUGACCAGCUUUUCGAUAAGGCACAGGAUACCAUCGUCACUCUCGACACUCAACUUGUCGCGGAUCAGAACAUCUACACUUCACUUGUCUCUCAGCUCAAUAACGACAUGGUUACGGGAACAGCCAACUUGGCUGUCACAGAUCCAACACGCCAGACCGACCAUCCAUCGUCUUCAGCGAACCAGGAUUCACCUCCUUAUGUAACACCUAUGACUCCAUCUCAGGAAGUUUCUCCAUCGACGUUCCAGCCUAUUCAACUCCGUCGCGUUGAGCUACCAACCUUCGACGGUGAUAUUGCGCAGUUUCACGAUUUCUGGUGCAGAUUUCGAACCGCAGUCCACGAUAACGAUACUCUGUCGUUGCCAACCAAGUUUAUCUACUUGACGAACUCGCUUAAAGGAAGUGCUUCGUUGAUAAUUCAAGGUUACGAUCCGUCACAACCCGACAAUUAUCAUUUAGCCAUCAAUGCACUCCGUCGACGAUAUGAUCGUCCGCAGUUCACGCACCAUCUAUUCCAUCAUAAGCUUGAGCAACUGCAGACAUCGUCUUCAGCACCAUCGAACCAACGCGAUACUCUGUGCCAGAUUCAGUCCUUCGUUCUGCAGCUUAACCGUUUCGAAGAUACCACUACUUCUCUAGCUCUUAAGAAGCUCAUCAAGAAGAAGUUUCCUCGCGACACCCAGUUGGAAGUCAAUAAGCUAGAGCAUCGGUCAGGCAAAACAUGGACCCUACCAGAACUUCUAGAUGGACUCAACGAAGUCAUAGAGGAGUAUGAGAAAUUGGAUGACUACACAGUGGUCAAACCCAGUUCGGAAUUCAACAUCAAUCCUGUUUCUACUCGCUCCAGAUCGCCAACACCGGAGUUACAUAGAAGAAGUCGCUUAUCUAGCACUGAAAGAGGAUAUUAUGACUCACAACGCCAUCGUUCCAUGUCAAGGAGUUCUUCGCGCAGUCGCACACGAAGUCCAUCAUACGAAAGGAGUCGUUCACGACCGUCAUCUCGUUCAAACUCCCAUUCACCAAGACGAUCCCACGACCAAAGUCCAUCGUGGCGUCAUAGAAGAUCAGAUAGUUCUGAACGCUCACAACAUCAUACGGUUCGUUUCCGAUCUCCAGUUCGCGACAGCACACCUCCACCGCGAAGUUCUCAUGGACAGGAACCCACGAUUGAACAAGAGUCUCCAGUCCAUGUCGCAGUCGAAUCAGACAACGAGAACGAUCACUUCGUAGAUCUUGAACGCCUGUCUGGAACACAAGUUUCUACUACAUUGGACAUCUCUACUCCGUCGAGUUUAAUGACAGUAGAAGCUCUUGCGAUCGAUCAACAGACUAAAGAUUCUGUUCCAGUCAUCCUCCUUCUCGAUACAGGAGCACAAAGAAGCUUCAUUUCGCAGGAAGCAGUUAGUAAACUUCAUAUCACAGUUCAUCAUACCACCCCUCUUACGACUGUUACGUUCGGAGCAGUUCGCACUACAGAGCAAUCGGCAAUGAUCGACGUAACGCUUCUCGAUGAUCGAGGAAACAGUCUUCAGCUCAUCCUUCGAACUAAAGACAAAUUGACUGUCCCGUGUCUAUCAGCCAGCCUCACAAGAGAAGAUAAACACGCUCUUCAGUGCCAUGCCAUCGACAUCGAUUCUCUCUCAGUGAGCCGUGCUGUUACACCGGAUAUCCUAAUAGGAAUCGACUAUUUCUGGGACAUUGUCACUUUUUUCGUGGCUUACCUACAACAGUUUCCCACUAAUCCCCAAUCUGUCUCAUCUGUUCAAGAUAUCGAUCCUGUUUCCCGCUUCGACCAUCUAGACAUCAUCGGUAUCACAGAUGACCCAGAUCCUCAAUUCGAUCAAGAAGAAGAUUCCAAAAUUCUACAACGAUUCCAAGACACUAACGAAUACAAGACACUUACUGUGUCAGGAACAUCUCAGUACACAUCACCGUUUCGUUUUCGGUCUAUUAGUCGGUACAAUAGACUAGUACGAUCUACAGUCUACGCUCUGAAGUUCAUCGCACAUCUAGCCGUCAAGAUCAAGGCCACUCUCAACACCUUUGAUGCGACUCACUUCAGCUUGACCAAGGAUAUUUCUACGACAGAAUUCACUACCGCCGAGAUAUUCUUGCUCAAGGAGCAUUACCGAGAAAGCGAAAUCCUUCUUAGUCGUAUGCCGCUCCAACGCUUCAACGCCCAUCGUUCAACGGAUGGCCUUAUUCGUUGUCCGCAUCGCAUGGAACAUGCAUUCGACACCAAGUCUUCAGCUAUACUACUAGUGCCAUCACAUCCCUUGACAACACUCAUUAUAAAUCACGUUCAUCUUUCCCAAUUUCAUUCGGGAGUUCAUGCCACCAUUGCCACACUUCGUUGUUCCUACCUUAUUCCAUCUAUCAGGAGCAUUGUGGCCAAAAUAGGCAGUUCAACUGCUCACUACCAGCUAACGUACUACGACAUGGAUGAACGAUUGGAUACGUCGACAUCUGCCUCGCGUGCCGAUAUGCCAGCAACUACGUCACGCAGUCAUACCACCUCGACUCGCCCCGACGAUUCUCUUCUGCUAUCAGCCAUAUCUAAACUGCAAGGAACAUCUCAUGCUGAACCGUUACGUCAAGUUGGCUACCGCCCGUUGUUUCAUCCGAAGAUCAAUGAUCCUACCAACGCCGCACCACCACGUCGUCCGUUUCGCAUCCGCACGUCUCAAGAACUUAUCGCGGAAUAUGCGAAAGGCAAUUUCGAAGUCACCGACGUUUCGCAUGCCAUCGACGAUCUCUCGCAGGAUCAAAGUCUUCCACCGUCUGAGCGCUUGUCACUCCAGAUCGCUCAAUCACUCACCAUCGCAGCCAAUUUCGACCAUACAUUCAGCAUCGAGCAGUUGGCCACACGAGACCUCGUUAUGGUAGAUGCCUUUCUGCGUCACUCAUUCUACAGCACCAUCCGUGAUUGGAUCGUUGAAGAAACGAUAACGCCGACACAAGCAGACCUCGACUUUCCACCUGUUCAAGAGUAUUCCAUCUGUCUGAUUGUGCAAGCAUUCAAGGGACUUCAUGCAGCUAACGAGAAGAUGCAGCAGCUCACAGACGACCUAGCAGCUCAUCCGGACUACUGGAAGUCAGAAGAACAUCUCGUCCAGCUACAUGAUCAGUACCUCACAUCGUUUUACAACGUCCAAACCCACAGGAAUACCCUCACGGAGCUCAUUAUUCCGCACGUCCUCAAUCCCAUCAAGGACAAUCGCCGAUUCGUCGAUAUUCUGAACUACUACGCUGUUACUAUUCCUGACAUCAAGCUGCUAUGCACCACUGCAUCUGCUAUAACAGCCACAGCAGUUCUGAAUAUGAAGAAGAUCAAUCAGGCACUCGCUCGACUCCGUAAUCUUCCAUUGGCCCAACCAUCAACAGUCGAUACCAUGGAAGUCGAAGAUAUUCCUGUUUCUACUCGUACUACUGCUACUUCACCUAUUCGUUCGUCGUCAGCAAUCUGCACUAUGCAGACUUCGCCCGUCCUCAGCUUGACUACUACGCAAUCAUCGACUUAUGUCUCGUCUUCAGCUCGACCACAGGAACGACUCAUCCCGGUUUCUCCGGCUACUAGUACUCGUGCACCAUCUACGGAUACAAGAAGAUCUGACCGUACUACGCGCAGACGUCGCUCUCCUUCGCCACCAUCACGCAGACAUUCGAGACGUCGCACAUCGAGAAGUCCGGCCAGAAGACGAGCACGUUCGCCAUCGGAACAUCGAUCACAGUUCCAGUGUUUCUUCUGCCACGCCGACACCCACUAUUCGUCCGAUUGUACUGUCGUCAGAAGUCUUACUAAGAGAGCCAUGGAUGCUGUCGCUGAAGGAAGAUGCCUCUACUGUCUCUAUGUUCACGCCCCAGGAUACUGCCGCCGUGACAUCGAAUGCCGAGUGUGUGGCGCCAACGACCAUCAUCCAGCACUCUGUCCCCACAGUCGCUAUCUCGAUCGGGACAUCGGCACAAACAGCAGGGAAUUCUUCCAAGCCAUGUACGUUCUCUACGAAAACUAUUACAUCCGUCAUCCGAAGCACUAG